AUGCCUCUCCACAUUGCUGCAGAUCGCCGCCGCUUGGCGAUCGCUGCUGCUUUGACUCAGGCUUGCGCAGACCCAAACGCAGUUUCUCCGCUGGGCGGAGCGACCCCACUUUCUGCUGCAGCCGCACAUGGGGAUCUGCGCAUCGUUCAGCACUUGUUGCAGGCCCAUGCCAGUCUGGAUUUGCCAGGUUCGAACGGCAGAACGCCUUUGCUAAUGGCCAGCAUACAUGGCCACCUUGGUGUAGUAGAGCACUUGGUCGAGGAGCAUGCUGACGUCGACAAACCGGGGGUCGGUCAAGCAGCAUUCACAAAUCCGCUCUGGAGUGCUGCAGAAUGCAACCAUUCACGAAUUGUGGCGACGCUUCUCCGUGCUAGGGCUGACGUCGACUGGAACAAUGUAGAAGGCAGGACUCCCUUGUGGUGCGCCGUUGCCAAUGGAAGCUUACAGUCUGCACGCUAUUUGCUCAAGGCUGGUGCCAGCGUGAACUGCACGGAUCAGCAUGGGGACGCGCCAUUGUGGGUAGCAGUUGCAUGCGGGCAACCCGAAGCAGUCGAGUGUUUGAUUGCAGCACUCGCUGAUGUGAACCAAGUGGCCGGGAACGGCCAGUCCCCGCUGUGCACAGCGGCCCUGAGAUGCGACCUACCUGCCGUCCGCCGGUUGUUGAGGGCUGGUGCCGACGUGAGCGACUGGCAAGGCAGAUCGCCGGCAGACCUAACCAUCAGCACGGAGGUGAAGGAAGAGCUGCACAAGCACGGUCCCAAGAUGCUGCCACGAGACCAGCAUGGCAAGCGACCUCGGUUGAAGCUUUCCAAAGAUGGAAGUGCCCAGAAGAGAAGUCCAGGUCCGGGGCAUGCUUGUCAGCAGAUGCUUCCGUGUUUAUGA